AUGGAUGACUAUGAUAUCAGGUCUGCUGCCAGCAUUUUAGCAUCUGUUAAAGAGCAAGAAGCUCGUUUCGAGCGGCUCACCCGCGCACUUGAGGAAGAGCGGCGCAAUGUCUCCUUGCAACUCGAGCGUGCCAAUCAGCCCGCAGACCGAAUGAGCAUUUGCAACAUUGGCAAUGGUCAGCCACUGGCAACGGCCUGGCAGCAGCUCGUACUGCAGGAACAGAGCCCCAGUAACCAGACUUCAAUAGCAAUGAUGCAAGAGCCUCAAGAAAUGGUGGAAGAGACAGUUACUGUGGAGGAAGACCCAGGCACUCCCACUUCCCACGUGUCUAUUGUCACUUCUGAAGAUGGAACCACAAGGAGAACUGAAACCAAGGUUACCAAGAUGGUGAAGACAGUCACCACGAGGACAGUGCGGCAGGUGCCGCUGGGGCCGGACGGGCUGCCCGCCAUGGACAGCUCCUCACCCAUGGGCAGCUACACAGACUCCAUCGACAGGAGGUACCUGAAGAACGGGGAGCGCUUCAUCACCCCCCAGGCCUCGUCCACCCUGACCCGAUCCUACAACAGCUACAACGACUCGUACCCCGAGAGCCACGAGGGCCAGUACCGCCCCUACAUUGGCCACGACGGCUACGGAGACCUCUCGGACAACUACGGCAGCUUGUCCCGGGGCGUCAACUACCGGCCCCGCUACGCCUACGUGCCGGGGGGCACCUACCGACCCGAUGAUGGCAGCUUCACCCUGCCCAGCAGGAGGGAGAACUAUGGCCCUGUUGCUCAGCCUCAGGUGCCAGUGGGCAGCAGCAUUGACUUGAACCGCUCUCAGCCCGAGCGCUUCCAGCCGGAGCCCUAUGGGCUGGAAGAUGACAACCGCAGCCUUGGAGUAGAUGAUGAAGGCUAUGAACUGGAUCCUGACUACUCCACCGUGAACAGGAGGACAUCUGCAGGUGUGCCAGAGAGAGGAAGACCUCACAAAGGAAGGGGCUACGAUGACCCCAUCGAGACGGAGAUGGUUGAAGAGAGGAUCCCAUACCUGCACGGCGGCUACGCGGCGCCGCUGGCCCAGCCCGAGCGGGGCAGCAUGGCCAGCAUCGACCGGCUGGGCAAGCGCUCGCCGUCCAUCGACAGCAUCCGCAAGGACCCGCGCUGGAGGGACCCCGACCUGCCCGAGGUCAUCGCCAUGCUCAGCCACCCCAUCGACCCCGUCAAGUCCAACGCCGCCGCCUAUCUGCAGCACCUGUGCUACGAGAACGACAAAAUCAAAAAGGACGUCCGGCACCUCAAGGGCAUCCCUAUCCUGGUGGGCCUGCUGGAUCAUCCAAAGCCUGAGGUCCAUCGCAAGGCCUGCGGGGCUCUCAGAAACAUCUCCUAUGGGAAGGAUAAUGAGAACAAAGUGGCGAUAAAGAACUGUGAUGGGAUCCCCGCGUUGAUCAGGCUGCUGAGGAAAACAAACGACAUGGAAGUCAGAGAGCUAAUUACAGGCACCCUGUGGAAUUUGUCAUCCUACGAGCCCCUGAAGAUGGUGAUCAUCAACCAUGGUCUGCAGACACUGACCAACGAGGUGAUCAUCCCCCACUCGGGCUGGGAGAGCGAGCCCAACGAGGACUCGAAGCCGCGCGAUGCCGAGUGGACAACGGUCUUCAAGAACACCUCUGGCUGCCUGCGGAAUGUAAGUUCAGAUGGAGCAGAAGCACGCAGAAGACUGAGAGAGUGUGAUGGCCUGGUGGAUGCCCUCCUUCAUGCUUUGCAGUCUGCAGUUGGCAAGAAAGACACGGACAAUAAGUCUGUGGAGAACUGUGUGUGCAUCAUGCGGAACCUUUCCUAUCAUGUCCACAAAGAGGUCCCUGGAGCUGAUAAGUACCAAGAGCUAGAUGCUGGUCAGACUACAGGCACAGGAAGCUCCCAGAAGAAGAAGAAAGAUGAUGCUGGUUGUUUUGGUGGAAAAAAAGCUAAAGAGGAGUGGUUCAAUCAAGGAAAGAAGAAUGGAGAUUUGGACAGGAAUUUUGAUACACUUGAUUUGCCUAAGCGAUCUGAAGCAGCAAAAGGCUUUGAAUUAUUGUACCAGCCAGAUGUGGUCCGACUGUACCUCUCCAUCCUCACUGAAAGUCAGAACUUUAACACUCUGGAAGCUGCAGCAGGAGCUUUGCAGAAUCUUAGUGCUGGCAACUGGACGUGGUCCACGUACAUCCGUGCGACAGUGCGGAAGGAGCGGGGGCUGCCAGUGCUCGUGGAGCUGCUCCAGUCUGACUCGGACAAGGUCGUGAGGGCUGUGUCCAUCGCCCUGAGAAACCUUUCCAUGGAUCGCCGCAAUAAAGAUCUCAUAGGUAGUUAUGCCAUGGGUGAGCUGGUAAGAAAUUUGCCCAGCAGGCAGCAGAGAUCUGCAAAGAACCUGGAAGAGGAUACAGUGGUUGCAGUGUUGAAUACCAUCCAUGAAAUCAUUACUGACAGCUCAGAAAAUGCAAGGUCUCUGAUCCAGACACAGGGCAUUCAGAAGCUGGUAGCUAUCAGCAAGUCAAGCCAGUCUCCCAGAGAAACAAAAGCAGCAUCUCACAUUCUUCAGAUGAUCUGGAGCUAUAAAGAGCUACGAAACGCCCUUCAGAAGGAUGGAUGGAACAAGUCACACUUUCAGUCUGUUUCUGCAGCUCCAAAGGGCUCCAAAGGUACUGCUGGCAGGUCUGGCUACGAUGACAGCACUUUGCCUCUGGUGGAUAAAAGUCAAGACAAUGAGAAGUCUGGGAGUCGUGAUAUGAUACCUAUGGAUGAACUUGGCCCAGAUGGAUAUUCCACCAUCGACCACUGGGACAAGGAGCGCAAGUACAAGACCAGUGAUAACACAGGAGAUGCCUCUGAGAAGGAACCUUUAAAAAAUGACACAAAUAGGAAAAACAUUAACAGGAGUAACAGGGCUUCGGUGAAUCUGGUGGAUGCCCGUGACAUUAAACCCCAGCCUGUUGACUCCUGGGUCUAAUUUGCAUGCAUGGUAGGUCCUUUUAAUGGUAAUUGGGGCUAGUGAAUAACUUUCUCUUGUGCAUGAUCUAUAUAGCUGUGGAAUCUCUUCAAAUCUAACUGCUAACUUUACAGAUACAUGAAAAUGCAUUUGGAAGAAAAAAAGUGGUGUUUAUAUUAUUCAGUGUAUCUUUAAUGAAGUGCAAUCAAACACCACUGUUUGAUUAAAAAUAACCUGUCAAAUAACCAGGCAGAAAAUUAAUAUUGUGAAUUAUUAGUUGUCAGCUGAAAUGUGAAAUAUUUCUGCUGUUAGGCCAUGGGAAUGAAUUUGAGUAGUGUGUUCCUGCUUCCAACCAUUUUUCUCCCUCAAUGCUCAUUAUAAGGAUUAGCCUGAGACUUAAGAAAAAAACAUAUCCUUGACUAUUUUUGGAUGUCCCCUAAGGUUCCCACGAAUUACAGCAGGAAAGCUGCUGACUGUACACAAGUUACUUUGCAAGGAGAGAUGAUAUUGGUUACACAAUAAACAGUGACCCACAACUCCCACUUUUAAUUUUCUUUUUUUUUUUUUUUUUUUUUUUUAAUUUUGCGUCAGUAAAGAAAGGUGCCUUUCUGUUGUGUUCUAGUUGUCUGCCUUUGCCAUGUGCCAAGUUCCUCAGUAAUGUCACUGGCCUUUCUUUGCUCCUGCCACUGCUAAUCUGUGUCCUGCUGUCUUGCUGGAGUUACCUUGGUGAUACCUUCUGGCACUCUCUCAGAGGAUGCUAUGUUUGGAACAGCAGGUGUUGUGCCCCUGGCUAUGACUAAAGGAAAAUUUUAGUGACUGUCAUGAAGGCACUGAGCAACUUUCCCAUCAGAGUGGGCAAGAGAUUUUAAAGGCCCAAAUUCCAAACUGUGAACUGUCAUCCGCCCCAUAAUUCUACAUGGAAAUCCCUUGCAUUAGUGGGAGAGAAAAGUCCUAAAUGUUUCUGGGUGGCGGUGUUGGAUAUUUUUUCCUUCCUUCCAGUGUAUUAGAAAUGCAAGGUGUUAGUAGAUUGUUUCUGUUCCUGGUUCCUCUUCACCUGCUCAGAGGAGCCUUUCAGCAUUGUGAGGUGCUGUCACGGAGCAGGUCCUGGCAUCGCUGGCUUCCCACAGCUGCUCAGUGCUGUGUGAUCGGCCGUGGUGGCUCAGGCACAGGCUGGGAUCAGUGUGCCUGUGGUGCCUGCUUCACUCCCACACUCUGCUCUGAGCACUGAAGCCCUGCAGGUGGGGUCCUCACUUAGAAAAAUGAAGUUUGCUUGUUUUCUCCCAGAUAUGCCCUUGAAAGAGCCCAUGUGUUGGCAUAGGUUGGCAUUUCCAGUCACUGUCCUACCACAAGGUGAUGGAGAUCACCGCGGCCAUGCUAAUGACUGGUAUUAAUCAGUUCUGACUUGUUUUGCAGGGCUAAAGUCCAACCACUUUUUUUUUAAUUGAGGGGGAGAAACAAACAUUGAAUCGACCCAGAGGAUCUCAUCAGUCACCACUGCCAUUCAGACUGGGAGGGCUGCAGGUCCCAGGAGGGCGUGGGGAGCGAACCCACCCGAGUGCCAUCGCCGAGCGGAGCACGAUGCCUUACAGCGAGACACUCUGCUGCUUAACUCCCUGAC